AAUUAUAUGUACGACUUUUUAAGUAAAACAUAGAUAUCUACUUGGUUUUCUAAAUACAUUCUGUUAACUCCACCUGGUUUUAGUACAAGAUUUUGCAUUUCUGAUUAUGGAUUACGAGCGUAGCGAGAAACAAAUGGAAAACGAUGUACUUCAACAGUGUAUCAAACCAGUACAUGUAACCGAAAUUAAUCCAGAUAAUUUGGAAGAUUAUGACAUAAGAGAUUUACUGUCUUACGUCGAGCACGAAGCUAUAACGUCGAAAAAUACAGGGAGGCCUAGCGUGAAAUUGCAUGAGGUAGCGGGCCGGCGUGAAGGUGAGGAUUUUGCUAAAAACAUAAAUUUAGAAGCUGUCCCAACCGAUAAGAGCAAGUCAAGUAAUCAUUUGACCGAAAAAUCUUUCCUGUUAUCAGACAAAGUAGAACUGUCUUCUGAAGGUUUUUUACUAAAACCGCUAGAUCAGGUGAAUGAAGAUUCUAAUAUUGAGGGAUUUUCGAGCUCGGAUAUUGGGACUUUGAAUAAUCUAGAGAAUGAAAUACAAAUGUUAGUUCAAGACUUAGAUAAAAAGGGUUUUAAAUUAGAUCAAAAGAAAAAGCUAGAAUCAAACAAGAAAAAGGUAAAAAAGGAAAAAAAAGAAAAGGUAUUGAAUCAAUGCAAAAUUACCAAAUCAGAAUUGGCACAAAAGCACGAAUUAAAUAAAAAAGAACUAGGGCAAACGGAGCAGAAAGUGAAGUCAUCCAAGUCAGGACUAAAAAAAAAAAAGGAAAAAUCGAAUUUGUGUAAUGAUUCAAAAGUCGAUGUGUCUUUGAACAGCGAUCUUGUGAAGAAGAGCCAAAAUUCGAUUGAUUCACCUAAAAAUGAAAUUCUCGAGGACCGUGCGGGGGAAUCUCAGGUAUUAGAUAAAAAGGUAGAGGAAACUGUGUGUAGAUACUACGGCAAAGACAAGAAUGAAAUAGAAAAGGCGAAAAAAGCUUUAAUGAAUCUGAAAUCGGGGCACGUCAUAGGUGAAGAAAAAGAGAGACCAAAUGAACAUAAUCGAGUAUCGAAUUCCGGAACUGAUAUGCAAAUUAUGAGAGACUCACUUAAAUUAGAAUCCAUGUCUCCGAUGAUGAUCGGUGGGCAUACGGUUCGAGUCAACAUACUAUCCUCACAUUUGGUCGGAGAAUUCAAGGUGACAAAAACAACUACGUUUAAAGAAUUGCGCCAGUUAAUUCAAGCAAAAACUAGUAUAAGAAAUUGGUGCUUUCAAGACCUCAAUACAAAAAGGCCUUUACAGAAUGAAGAUAAAAAAAGGGUCCUUGCACCAAAUACACACAUCACAAUUGCACAGGUAGGAUUGGAUCUUUUGAUUGCAGAUUCAACGCUAAACGGGAAGCAGAGUAUCUGUCUAAAUAGAGAUGGGUCUUGUGCAUUCAGAGUAUUUUGGUGGGACCAAAAGUUCCACACAAGUCGACUGGUGUGGCUCAAAUUUGAACCGCAUCAGAUAAGUGUUACAGGAAUAGGUGGGUCGUUUAAGUUAUUCGAUUUCAAGACUAUGAGAGUUCCUUUAAUUUUUGCUGGAGUCAGGGGUAGUCAGCUCGCUUUUCAAUUUAUCAAGGGAAAGAGUAAUUUGGCGUCAAGAUUUUACGCUGCGAAUUUAGAGCAGAAAAAGAUGAUUGGAAUUUUUUUUUUGUUUUAUAUGGAAGCCUCAGGCAGUGAAAAGGGGGUUUAUUCCCUUCAAGAGUGAGAUCAAUCUAGAUAACAUAACAGAUGAAGACGAUCCGCGUUUGUUCGCUAAUGUAAUGCGCCGCCACAUUAAUGAGAUUGAGGCGAUUAUCAGAGACAUUGAAGAGAACAAUGGACAACAGAGUUGUCCGCCGUUACAUACAUUUGCUGUCAUCGAUUAUUGGUGGUGCUGGAUCGGCCGAAGAUAGCAGUUUUUCACAUGACGUUACCUACUAUGAACACGCUGAAGGACAAGUAUCGAAUAUGGAACGAGAAUUCUAAGAGGCUUCAGCAAGGCGAUUUGAGAAGUGCAACAAGCAAGGAAGAUUCUAACUUUGAAUUCUUCGAGAAUAGAGAAGCGAUUCCAUUUAACGUUGUAAUCAGUGAUGAAGGUAAAGAGCAAGGAGAUGGCAUCAUGGUGACGCCUGAUGGGGUUGGAGAUACGCCGCCAGCGCCGCCGCUCCCGCCUCCGGGACAGAUGGUACAAAAGCCCUCUAUUUGCGCGAUUAACUUUGAUGGGAUUAGUGUGAUUGAUAUUGUAGGGACGAUUUGGGCCGAGAUAGAUAUCUUACAGUUUAAGCCAGAAGAAGGGAAGAUAUUAGAGGAACAGUUGAGGUAUAUUUUUAGUCGACAGUCAAGAGAGCGCGUAUUUGAGGAGAAGAAGGUGGCUGAAGAUGGGGUAUUGGAAAUUAAUCGCCUUAAGAAUGUAGAGGUUUUGCUGUUUAUGGAGGAGUUGAAGCACUAUACGAUCGACGAAAUAGUGGAUAAUAUAUUGAAAUUUCCAUGAGUCCAUUUUUGCGCCGCAUGUGUUAGAGAGGUUAGCUCGCUUGGUGAAUGGCACGGAUGGAAAGGUCUAUUCAUUUUUACCCGAGCGUGAAGGAGUCAGAAAUGCUGUUGAACUACGAGAAGAGGCUGGAGGAAGAUCCAACAUUGGCACCGCUGAGACUUGGAGAAAAAUUAUUUUUAGAGAUUACCAAGAGGGUUCCGGAUCGAUUUGAGAGGUUUGAAUAUGGGUAUUUUCUCGCAAAAUUUGAAGAGGAACACGCGACGAUCAGAGAGCAACUGAACGUCGUCAGGGAGACUGAAGAAAUUAUACGAAAUGAUGAGAAGUUUCCGAUUGGCUCUUCGAAUUUUUUUGGAGAUUAUCAAUACGUUGAUGCCUAGGUUUGGACUUACGAAGGGUUUCAAAAUAUCUACAUUCUGCUCUAGCGUGGAGAGGGUGACUGGAUCCGCAUCGAUUUCUAAGGAAGAUGCGAAGAGAGAGGCGAAUAAGAGGGACUCAGAAAAGUUUGGCAAGAUCGAUCAAGAGAUUGAAAACAUGGACGAGGCGGCCAAGAAGAAAGCCUUGAAGCUUGAAAGGCUGAGAAAAAGUAGGGUUAAAAAAGAGAGUGACGAGAUUUUCUGGUUGGUUCGCUUACCGGAGUACAUGUCGAUUUACUUGAAUAAGUUUGAGGGUUGUCAGGAUUUUUGGGAAAAUUUGGCAGAGCCUUGUGAGAGGGCCAUGAAGGUUGAUCAAAUGCACCUGGAUCAGCAAAGCAGUCACUGGAUAGUGCAGCUGGAUCUCAUCAAAGAGUGGAAUAAGAACAACAACUUGGAUCCGAACGAGCCUUUUACUAAAAGGAUUAACGAUUUUAUUAAAAAUGAAUCGGCCUUGAGGGAGUUGCGUGACACACGCGAGACAGAUAGAAAGCUUACUGAGAAUUUAUGGACAUGGAUGGGAGAAAGAAUGGAGUCGGAGCCGCAGCUGAUUUUCAAGUAUAUACAUGAUUUUUGCGAAAACUUCCACAAGCAAUGGGACAGCAUUUAUGCGGUGUGGAACGAGAAUCGCACAUUGGCGCUUCGUGGUAUACUUCCGUUGCAAAAUUGCAAGAAGGUCUCGAAGCAGAAGAAAAGGUUGUCCUCUUUAAAGGUUCAGAAGAAAGUUGGGUCGAAUCAGAAUCUUCAGAUCGGGAUUGAAGUCAGCAGCGAAGAGAAGAUGCCGGCGACCAAGUCAUGAAGAUGAUUGUGUCAAUACAUAUAUAGAGGUGCAUGUAGCUUCUAUAGGUUUUUACUGAUUGCAUGUGUCCUUUGAAAGACUAAAGUCUAUGGAUCUAGAUAUCUUCGUUUUUAAUGGGUAGGAGUGUUGCUGUUGUGUGUGGUAUAGGUUUGAGAGAUGGGUACGUUUCAACGGUAAUAAAACACAAAGUUGAUUUGUCUGCUUUCUACGGUGCAG